CAAAUGGCGGACGACGCCGGUGCUGCAGGAGGUGGUGGAGGAGGCGGUGGUGGAGGGGCUGUCAGAGGGGGCUUCCGGGGAGGCUUUGGCAGUGGUGGCCGUGGCCGUGGCAGAGGACGCGGUCGAGGACGUGGCCGAGGACGUGGGGCACGAGGAAAAGCUGAAGAUAAAGAAUGGGUUCCAGUCACGAAGCUCGGCCGCCUGGUCAAGGACAUGAAAAUCAAGUCUCUGGAAGAGAUUUACCUCUUUUCCCUUCCAAUCAAGGAGUCGGAGAUCAUUGACUUCUUCCUGGGCUCUUCUCUGAAGGAUGAAGUUCUGAAGAUCAUGCCUGUUCAGAAGCAGACUCGGGCAGGGCAGCGCACCAGGUUCAAGGCCUUUGUUGCCAUCGGUGACUACAAUGGCCACGUUGGUCUGGGAGUCAAAUGCUCAAAGGAAGUUGCCACAGCAAUUCGUGGGGCCAUUAUCUUGGCUAAGCUGUCCAUUGUUCCAGUGAGGCGUGGCUACUGGGGUAACAAAAUUGGCAAGCCCCACACGGUGCCAUGCAAGGUGACGGGCCGCUGCGGGUCUGUCCUGGUGCGCCUCAUCCCUGCACCACGUGGCACUGGAAUAGUGUCUGCCCCAGUUCCCAAGAAACUGUUGAUGAUGGCUGGGAUUGAUGACUGCUACACCUCUGCCAGGGGCUGCACUGCCACAUUGGGCAACUUUGCUAAGGCCACCUUUGAUGCCAUUUCAAAGACGUACAGUUACCUGACGCCUGAUCUUUGGAAAGAGACGGUGUUCACCAAGUCUCCUUACCAGGAGUUCACCGAUCAUCUGGCCAAGACCCAUGCCGCCAGAGUCUCUGUGCAGAGGACCCAGGCAGCUGCUGUGGCAACUACCUAAUGGCUUUUUGUACAAGAAAUAAAAGACAAAUGACCAAUG